AUGAAGGCAUGGAGGAUGUUGCUGCUUGGCGCUAGUGCUGUGGUCCAGACUGCUGGUUUCGACUGCCUCGGGCCUUCGCUCGGCUGGAGGAUUGUGUCAUCAUGUAUGACCGAACUCUGGGCUGUUUGGGAUGAUGUUGUUCUCCCACCAACGGCUGGCGAGACGCGUUGCGCGUUAUCCUAA